AUGUCGGCUCAUAUGCUUGGCCAUUCUAAUGGAUUUUCAGUGCUUCUCGCAUCGGCUGUCCGUAUAGCCCAAGGACUAGGGCUUCAUCAACUCGAUGAUGAUGAUGAUGAUGAUGAUGAUUAUGAUGAUGAUGACAAUGAUAGUGAUGAUAUCAGCAAAGAUAAUCUAGUGAAAGUGGAGAUUGGUCGUCGCGUGUGGUGUCAGCUUUGCAUUCAAGACUGGUUCUCGAUUCCAUUUACCGAGAGCUAUCUCAUCCAUCGGCCAUGCUUUACGGCAGCAAAGCCUCAUAAUUACGACGAUGAUAUGAACCCUGUUUCUGAAGAUUUUCCAACUGUGACAAGCUACUCACGUCUUUUCUAUGACAUUGCAGCAUUAAUGCCAGAGCUACAAAAUGAUGUGGCAUCAUGCAACACUUUAUAUACCCGUUAUGAAGAAGUGCUCAAGUACGACCGUCAGCUACGUACUUUGGCAACCAAGCAUCUUCCUUACUAUUUGCAAAAUGUUCCUAUUGAAGUAACAUGGCCAUGCUAUGUGCCCUGGGCACGGCGAAGUUUGGCUAUAAGUUCUGCACAUAAAGUGAUCAUGAUACACAGGAAAUUCCUGAGCCUAAGUUUUGUCAAUCCGAUGUUUGAAUUUACCCGAAAGACGUGUGUUGCAGCCUCGAGGACUAUAAUCAAGGAGCAAAAGGAAGCGACGCGCGAUGGAGGUCCAAUUCUCUGGAUUCAUCAAGCAUUCAGUGUCACUGCCAGUGUGAGUAAUGGAUCUUUGCUCUUCCAUUAUGAGAUGAUAGGUUCUAAAGAUGAAAAGAUUAUUUUGUGUCUAGAUAUGUUCCAUCAGUCGGUGUCCGAUCGUCAAUCAUCUGAGCACAGGCAGUUGAUUCAAGAUGGUAUCGAUAUCCUGUCACGUUGUCAAACAGAUAUGAUUGCCCAGCGCGGCGUAGCUCUUCUGCGUGCAAUGUUGGAUGCUGAGCAGAAAGUAUCCCGAGACAAGCAAUGCCCGUCGGAAUUGAAGCCGCCGCAGCGUAUUCAAGAAAAUAUGCCACGGGGAAAUGGUAUAGAUAUUGCAACUAUCAUCCAGACAUUUUAUCGGCAUGAUCGUGCAAAUGUCACUAGGUCAUCUCGAUUGGCUCUCCAAGUUCCAUCCACCAUAAGAGCCGCGGAGAAUGGAAACUGGACUGAGAUGACAACUGAUUUGCCGAGUCUAGCUUCCAGUGUUGACUUUAUCACACCUUUGGGGGUGGAUUACGCUGAAGGGCUCGACGACAUAUUGAGUCUUGCGACAAAUUAUCUCAGUUGA